AUGGAUAUACAAUAUUGGGUUUGGAUUUAUGCCCUUUUGUUAGCAACCUAUUUUUGUGUGAUCAAUUUUGUUUGGAGAUUGAAUGAGUUGUAUUAUUAUAUGAAAUUAAGAAAGAAACAAUACCCUCUGCCUCCUGGUGAUUUGGGAUGGCCUUUUGUAGGAAAUAUGCUGGCCUUUAUUAAACAUUUCAAAUCUGGUCAUCCUGAUUUAUUCAUCAACAACCUUGUCUCCAAAUAUGGAGGAAAUGGUAUCUACAAGACACAUUUAUUUGGGACUCCAAGUAUCAUCAUUUGUGAUGCAGAUAUGUGUAGACGGGUGUUGACAGAUGAUGAGACAUUUAAAAUCGGUUAUCCAAAAUCUACUAUAGAAGUAGUGAGAUGUAAACCUAUUUGGAGUUUCUCUAAAGAAGAACACAGACGUUUUAGGCGCUUAAUCUCGUCUCUUACAAUGGGACAUAAUACAUUAGAAACAUACCUAUCAAGUAUGGAGGAUAUUGUGAUUAAUUCUCUAGAAGAAAUUUCUCGUAUGACUCACCCGGUUGAGUUUUUGAAAGAGAUGAAAAAUAUUUCUUUUAAUAUUAUUAUUGAUAUUUUCUUGGGCUCUUACAAUCAACAUAUUAUUACCAAAAUAGGAAACUCUUUCACCGAAAUGCAUAGUGCUUUGUUCUCUUUGCCCAUUAAUCUUCCCGGUUUUGCUUUUCGUAAAGGAAUCAUGGCACGUGAGAAGUUGGUAAAAUUAGUUAAACCUAUUGUUGAAGAAAGGAGGAGGAUGAUAAAACAUGGUGAAAGGAAAGAUCUACUUGAUGUGUUUUUGGAAGCAAGGGAUGAAGAUGGUUGGAAAUAUGAAGAUGAGGAUAUUAUUGACAUAUUGAUAGGGAUUGUACUUGCUGGCCAUGAAACUACAGCAAAUAGUAUGAUGUGGUCAAUGAUAUAUCUUACACAAAAUCCACAUAUUUUGGAAAAGGCCAAGGAAGAGCAAGAGGAAAUUAUGAAGACGAGGUUGUCCAACCAAAAACAUUUAAGUCUUGAGGAUAUCAAGAAAAUGACUUAUCUUUCUCAGAUAACCAAUGAAAUUCUGCGACUUAAGAAUACCAACUUUGCAAUAUUUAGGGAGGCAACUAUGGAUGUUAACAUCAACGGUUAUACUAUACCAAAAGGAUGGAAAGUGUUAACUUGGACAAGAGCUAUACAUAUGGAUCCUACAUAUUAUCCAAAUCCAAAUGAAUUCAAUCCAUCUAGAUGGAAUGAUCAUAAUAUUAAAAUUGGAAGUUUCCUUCCUUUUGGUGCUGGAAGUAGACAUUGUCCCGGAAGUGAUUUGGCUAAAAUUGAAAUUUCUAUAUUUCUACAUUAUUUCCUUCUCAAUUAUAAGCUUGAGUUAGUGAACCCAAAAUGUCCAAUUACUAAUUUACCAUCACCCAAGCCCAUAGACAUUUGUCUUGCUAAGGUGAUAAAGGUUUCAAGUAUUGCAUAA